UCAGUUGGAUAGAGAGCAGCAGGAGAAGGAGGAGGAGGAGGAGGAGUGUGUUUGUCUGCAGACAGUCAGUCAGCAGAACCGGAGUCCCAGCGGCAGUUUAGGAGAGUCUGAGCGGGGAAUUCAGCGUCCAAUACGGGAGAACUCAGAAGGAGGAAUCCGCGAUGAGUUGGGGAACGGAACUCUGGGACCAGUUUGAUAAUCUGGACAAACACACUCAGUGGGGGAUUGACUUUCUUGAGCGCUAUUCAAAGUUUGUCAAGGAGAGGCUCGACAUAGAGCAAAACUAUGCCAAGCAGCUACGGAACUUGGUGAAGAAAUACUGUCCUAAACGCUCUAAAGAAGAGGAGCCGAGGUUCACUUCAUGUCUGUCUUUCUACUCCGUACUCAAUGAACUCAACGACUACGCUGGUCAGAGGGAGGUGGUGGCGGAGGAGAUGGCUCACAAGGUGUACGGAGAGCUGAUGAGGUACGGCCAAGACCUCAAAACUGAGAGGAAGCACCAUCUACAGGAGGGCAGGAAGGCCCAGCAGCAUUUGGAUCAUUGCUGGAAGCAGAUGGACAAUAGUAAAAGGAAGUUUGAGAGGGAGUGUAAAGAAGCAGAGAAAUCUCAGAUUACCUACGAUCGCUUAGAUAAUGACAUCAACGCCACUAAAUCGGAGGUGGAGAAGGCCAAAGCCCAGUUCUACCUGCGCACUCACAUGGCGGAUGAGAGUAAGAACGAGUACGCUGCUCAGCUGCAGAACUUCAACGCAGAGCAGUGGAAACAUUUCAACAACGCCAUACCACACAUCUUCAAGAAUCUGCAGGACAUGGACGAACGUCGCACGGUGAAGCUCGGAGAGACGUACCGGAGCUUUGCUGAGGCAGAGCGCAGAGUCAUUCCCAUCGUCUCCAAAUGUCUAGAAGGAAUGGUUUCUGCCGCCAAAGCUGUCGAUAUGAGAAGGGAUUCAGUCAUUGUCGUGGAGUCGUUUAAAUCGGGCUUCGAACCUCCAGUCGACUUCCCCUUUGAGGACUUCAGUCAGAAUCUAAGCAGAUCCGGUUCAGAUGGGACCAUCAGCAACACACCCAAAGGAGACCGAGACAAAGAUAGAGACGGGGCCCCGGGGCCACGACCCGACCCAAAACACCCUAUGAGCAGAACCAAGAACAAGCUGUGGCUGUUUGGGAAGAAACCAAAGGCCCCAUCUCUGGAGGAUUUCAGCCACUUACCCCCCGAGCAGAGGAGGAAGAGGCUGCAGCAGAGGAUCGACGAACUCAGCAAAGAGCUCCAGAAAGAGAUAGAUCAGAGAGAUGCCCUGAACAAGAUGAAGGAUGUGUACGAGAAGAAUCCACAGAUGGGAGACCCCAGCAGCCUGCAGCCCAAAAUAUCAGAGACCAUGUGUAACAUGGAGAAGCUGCGCUCGGAAAUCCACAAAAACGAGACUUGGUUAUCUGAGGUGGAGGGAAAGCAGAGCUCCAGAGGAGACAGAAGACACAGCGCUGACAACCACCACCACACUCCUCAAGGCAGAGAGAGUCCUGAGGGCAGUUACACAGAUGACACCAGUCAGGAGCAUCACACGCCUCACAAGCGCUCCACACCGCCAAAGCCCGGACAGCCCAACCCCGACCCGCACGAGUUUGAUGACGAAUUUGAUGACGACGACCCGCUGCCCGUCAUCGGACACUGUAAAGCACUCUACUCCUUCGAUGGUCAGAACGAGGGGACACUGGUGAUGGCAGGAGACGAGGUGUUGUACAUCAUCGAGGAGGAUAAAGGCGACGGCUGGACGAGGGCGAGGAAGCAGAGCGGAGAGGAGGGCUACGUUCCCACCUCCUACGUAGAAAUCACCAUGGAGAAAAACAGCAAAGGUUCCUGAGGGCUGCAGGGUGGCCGGGCGAUUUCAUUGGCUGGUGGAGGGCUCACGCUGAUUGCUGAUUAUUGGUGGUGGGGGGUGACCCAUGAAAGAGAGAGUAAUAAGGGGAAAGAGAGAUGAAGUAGAGGCAGGUUUGCAUGUCUGCAUGCUCACAUAUCCAUAAUCAGCAAAGUGUUUGUGGGUUACAAGAGGAAGAAGGAAGGGUCAUAAGUAGAAGGGAAGAUGACCUUAAAGCCAAAAAAGGCACCAAUAGUAUUUAAUAAGUGGCAGCCACUAGAGAAAUCUGCAGGGGUUUCUAAACUUUUCCGACAAGCUGCAAACAUUGCAUGGUGAAAAUUCAGCAGCCGUGGCAGGAAAAUGUGUGCUCGUUCGCAGGGCUGUAAACCACAAUCCCCAUCCUGCUGCUGGGAUGGAAGAUGAAGCCACCGUCGGACUUUUAUUAGAAUAAACAGAAACUGAAGUUGCCGCUUCCUGGUUCGUAAGCGUCUUAAAAGAUGGGACUUCUGUGAUGGCUACACACCUUUCUCCUCCCAUCACAUCAGGGGGGGGAAACCUACUGAUGUACUGCUCUCUGUGGGUUCAAAUAUUUGUGUAUGCAUCACUUUUCUGUUUUGACAGCAAAUAGAAAGCGAAACAUAGAUGCGUACUUGAAGGUUUCAGCUCACAGAGAGCAGUGCAGCAGCAGGUCUCUGAUUUGUUGUGGAUUUAUCCUUAAUUGACAGACAGGAGCAUCACCCAACCUCACCGAUUCACUGUGUGCUUUGUGCUUUAACAGGAAAGCCUUUUAUGAAUUGGUCUCUUCAGUAGGUGCUGAUCAAAGUUUUGGAGGAAACGUUUCACUAAGCCUUUUGUUGUGGCUACCAUUCAAGUUUCUCUAGUUUGUUUUAACUCAAACGAAUGGGCUCCUCAAACUAUAAAUAGCAUUUUGACAGGAAAUUCUCAUCACAAAAGAAAUGCGGCUGAAAGCUUUGGAAACAUCAAGUAAGUGAACCUUGUGAUGAGCUAUUUUUUGGUCAAACUGCCAUUUCCAAAGAAUGGACCCUCGAUCUCAAAAUGAAAUUGGCACGUUAGUUUUUAUCUCCGAGCUGUCGCAUCUAGCAAUUCACAAUGUUCCCAUAUUCUCUGAAUCAGAUUGCCAACAUGUAAAUGUUUCCCCAAAACUUUUGGUCCAGCUCCUCAUGAGAGAAAAUCAGUUAAUUUCAAACUCCGACUGUCAGGGUUUGUCACCUUUUGUAAGGGCCAGUUGUGCUGCCACUAACAAUGUCAGUGCUGCACUCAUCUCUGUCAUCAUCAUCUGUGCUCUGUUGGUGACGUCUGCCUGCCCGCCUGAGCCACUCUGCUCCUCAUGCCUGCCUUCACCCUCAUACAGCCGCAUGUCCUUAGCGUGUCCUGAACAUGAUCAGACGUUUCAUCUAUGACAUUAACUGCAACUUUACAAGUGUGUGUGUGUGUGUGUGUGUGUGUGUGUGUGUGUGUGUGUGUGUGUGUGUGUGUGUGAUACUUUGGCUGAGUUGUGUGUUGAAUGCUGCAUUAUCCUGAUGUUUCAAUGGAAGUCCAGCAUGAUUUAUUUUUGUGCAUUUAAUGUUACUCAGUCACGUUAGGCAGAUAGCAGGACUAUCAGGGGAAUACAGGACCUCUCUACCACUCUUUCUUUUCCCGCCUUUCCUCUCCUUUUCUUCCUGGGUUGUAAUACCACCAGUAGACCAGCAGAGGGGAGCCUGACCACAGAUCAGCUUGAGACGGACUGGGCCGCUUUUUAAUAACACCAAACACGGAGGAGCUCUAGUGUCUUUGCAGUCAGACUCUGCCUUAAAACUUCACCUCGUUUUACUGUGGCGGGAUUAUUCUGGAUGUGUCUGCUCAUCCGCCUGACUACAUCUCCCAUCAGCCACCUGGGCUCAGCCUCGCCUCCUUGAGGACUCUCAACUGCAUCUCCAUAAACCACAAAUUUUUUCCAUUUUAAUCAGUUGUAUUUGUGAAUGUGACGACACGCGCACGCAUGUAUCAAUGACAUGUACACACGGCUAUGGAAGGCCAAGCGGGCCAAAAACAUGUGUCGAAUUUUGGCGUGUUUGGCUCUCCAUACUUAUUAAUAUGUAAAUGUGUCUACAUGUGCCUGUGUUACAUGUGUGAUGUUAGUUUUUACCAUUGAAUGAUUUGUACAUAUUAACAUCUUUAAUGUCAUGCUGAAUGUGUUUCCAUAGUGAUUGUUUUUAGGUUUGUUCGAUUGACACUCUUCAUGAGAGACAAGGUUUGAAUUGAACUGAUGCACUUUGCCCGGAAGUACUACAGCAUUUGAAUCCGAUUUAAAUGAACGAAUGAAUGAAGGUCUGUGUUGUCUGCUGAGAGGGGCGUGAACUUUAUGAAUGACCACUGUGUAGCAGCGAGAAACAAAAACGGCUCAAGUAAUUUCCUCUUCCCGAUGUUUUGUAUACUCGUUGUAACUCUUGACGAGCAAUGACAAACUUUUUUUUUUGCAUGAUUUUCUAGAUUCUUUAAAUUCAUUGGUCUCUGGUGAUUACUUUUGAACCAUUCACUGUAUCUCUUCGAUAGACUAACACAACUACACAUCUGAAGUAAAGUUUGACUUCCUGUCGACGCUAUUUAAGACAUAAAUGCCACUAAUGAUUCGGCAGGAGGCUCAGUUGUGAUCUGUGUUUCUUGAUGAAGCUGUGAAAUGUACAGUGUGAUGCUGUUGGUGUUGUUACUUGAACUUCAGUCACGCUUCUCCACAUCUCUGGUCUGCGACCAUAUUGCAUCGGAAAAAAUAGUUUAACAUUGAGAGAAAUUUGCUUUCCACAACUUGUUUUUACACUUUGUAUGGAUUAAACAAACGGGACAGGGACUUUGUUACCGUUGAAGAGCCAGGCUAGCUGUUUCCCUCUGCUCCUAAGCUUUAUGCUAAGCUAAGCUAACAGGCUGCUAGCUGUAGCUUCAGAUGUACUGUACACACAUGAGAGUGGUGUCGAUCUUCUCAUCUAACUCUCAGCAAGAAAGUGAAAAAGAUUAUUUCCCUAAAUGUCCAACUAUGUCUAAGUAUUCCCUCUGUACUGAUUCAUUUAGCUUGAGGAUGCGAUAUAGCACAAAUGAAAGGAAAAGGUUUCUGCAGUAUGUCGGUUUUUGCUUUUUAUGAUGAUAACUUGUAAACGCGUACAUAGAUCCGUCAGUGCUUUUUGUUUUGUGUACACAUCUGAUGUCAGGUUUAUCUACAGCUGCUAACUUGCUUGCUGUUCCUUAAAUUGAGCUGAAACUAAAUGUUUUUGGCCUUUUUGUUUUUUUAAACUGAACGAUGAUAUAUGAUGUGUGCAGUCAAGUGUUGCAUAUUAGAUUCUUUUUCUCAAGUGCUAAUACAGUCAUAUCGUUGAAUCCCACUUCUCUUUUAAAGCAUUUAGGCCUGCAACUAAUUGUUUUUCAUUAUUGAUUUACUCUUUGCGAUUGUUUAGUCUGUAAAUGUAAAAUAAAAAGGUGAAUAAUGCCUAUCGACAGUUUUAACAGCCGACGGCGACGUCUUCCAAUGUUGGUUUUGUUCAACAAACAGUCCAAACCCCAAAGAUAUUCAAUCAACAAUAAUAUAAAAAAGAGAAAGGCAGCAUGUUUGAGAUCAUUUUCAAAUCGCACCGAUUUCAGCACUAAAACCAGUACCUUGCUUGUAAUUGUAAAUGUGCUCUUAGACAUAUAAGAUUUAUUCGUAGUAGAGAUGAUAAACAGAAGAUCAUUCAACUGUUUCCUGCUGAAUCAGUGCUGAUGUUGCUGUGAGGAUCUUACAGACGGUACACUCCAAGUGUUUCAUGUUCUUCCCAAAUGUCCUUUAGGUCUGGAGUGUACUGUCCCUUUAAUCAAAGGAUACAUGAUGUCAGUAGUAACGCAGCAGCUUUGAAAUGAGCAAACCUUUUUUUUUUUUUACCAUGAAUAUACAUAUAAAAAUUGUGAGCUGAGUAUUAUAACAGCCACUGUGCUGUAAUUCUGAAUAUUAUGCAAACAUACAUUACAAAGCAGCUUUGACAUGUUAAAUAUGAUAACGUUUUUGUACAAAUGGGUCUUUACUGAAACCUUCGAUGCUACUGCAAACCGGGGUCACGCUAACCACCCGGAAGAAAAAAACAGACAUCUUCUACAUUCCUCUUGUUUUUAAACUCCAUGUUUGUCCUUUGGAAACUUUGUACACAUACUCUCAGCUUUUUAACUGAAAACCCUUUUUAUCAGCAUUAACAUCCAAUCACACUCAUUAAAAAAAGGCAACUGGUACAAGGUGAUUUUGAAGGAUAUUAACAUCCAUGUAAAUGUGUGUUUUUACCAUGAUGCAUAUGUUGUAAUAACCAAUGGCAGUACUUCUCUUUCCAUAUUGUUGUGCACAUCUUUUUACUUUGAAUGUUGUCAGACACUUUGUGAACAAAAUUGCUUUUGUUUUUCUUCUUCCAAGAUAAUGUUCUAAUAAAAAUAAACAGCAAUGAAAAGUG